ACCGCCACCGCCAUGGGGACACGGGUAACGGUGGGGAGCCGUGGGGGGGGUGAGGCUUAGGGGAACAGCCGGUUGCUAUGGAAUCCCGUUGCUAUGAAGCCCGUUGCUAUGGAGCCGGUUGCCAAGACCCCCCCCGCUAUGGACCCCGCUGGUUGAAGCCCGUUGCUAUGGAGACGGACGCUAUGAACGCUGUUGCCAUGGAGCCCAUCGCUAUGGGGCACCCCGAUGCUGUGCACCCCGUUGCUAUGGACCCCGUUGCUAUGGACCCCGUUGCUAUGGAGCCCUCGCUGCAGUGUGCCCCGUUGCUGUGGAAACGCGUUGCUACGGACCCCCGUUGCUAUGGAGCUCCCGUUGCUAUGGGCUGCCGUAAGUCACCGCGCUGCGGCGCCGCCACACGUCGCGAACGCCGCCGCGAGGGGCGGGGCCGCGGGGAGGUUUCCGCCCCCUCGCCGCGGCUGGGCCAAUCAGCGCGCAGGGAGGAGCGGAAGGGGCGGGGCCUGGGGAGCGCAGCCGGAAGCGGUUCGUGGGGAGCGGGGGGAGCGCGGGAGCGACCCCGGGACGGGACCGGGACGGAACCGGGACCGAACAGGGACCGAACAGGGACCCCGGGACCGAACCGGGACACCGGUACUGACAGGGACCCCGGGACGGAACCGGGACCGAACAGGGACACCGGGAUCGAACAGGGACCCCGGGACGGAACAGGGACACCGGUCCUGCCCGUGCCGGUCCCGUGA